AUGGACGGGCCGAAGCGUUCGCAGCUGCGGGUGCGCCUCCGCGUCACAGCGCGCCGGCGUGGCGCCGACGGCGGCGGCGCCGGGGGCGCGGCCGGGACCGGCGGGCGGAAGCGCCGGAUGGAGGCCCCCGUCCUCAACUCCGCCGCCAAGCUGCAGCGCCGCGAGAUCGGGGGCCGCCAGCUCGCCGCGCGCGGCGGCGGCCCCGCCGCCGCCGUGCCCGAGCGUUUCCGCAACAUGCAGCUCCAGGAGGAGUUCGAUACAUAUGAUGACAAUGCUCACCUAUUUGUGAAGCUGCAGUUUCUCAAAAGAAGAUCCAAAAUUAUUGAGAUUGUUGCAGCAAAGGAUAUCAUAUUUGCCCUUGCUAAUUCCGGACUUUGUGCUGCUUUUAACCGUGUAACGAACAAGCGCAUAGCCUUCUUGAAUUUGAGCCCAGAUGAAGUGAUUCGGAGCUUGUUCUACAACAAGAACAACGAUUCCCUUAUUACUGUUUCAGUUUAUGCAUCUGACAAUUUCAGCACAUUGAAGUGCAGAACAACCCCGAUUGAGUAUAUUAGAAGGAAUCAGUUAGAUGCUGGGUUUCCCCUCUUUGAAUCAGAGUCUCUGAAAUGGCCUGGAUUUGUUGAGUUUGAUGACGUGAAUGGAAAAGUACUCACAUAUUCAGCGCAGGAUGGUAUAUAUAAGGUCUUUGACUUGAAGAACUACUCCUUCCUAUAUUCAAUACCAGAUGAAAACGUGCAGGAGAUAAAGAUCAGUCCAGGAAUCAUGCUCUUGAUAUAUGAUAGAACACCAAGUUAUGUUCCAUUGAAGAUAUUAUCAAUUGAAGAUGGAAAGCCACUGAAAUUCUUUAAGCACUUGUUGCACCGCAACAAGAAAAUUGAUUUCAUUGAGCAGUUCAAUGAGAAGCUCCUUGUCAAGCAAGAGGAUGAAAACUUCCAGAUACUUGAUGUGCGGAGUUCUGAGCUAAUUGAAGUCAGUGUCUCCAAGUUUAUGACCCCUUCAGCAUUCAUUUUUCUGUAUGAGAACAAUCUCUUCUUGACAUUCCGAAACAGAACAGUUGCUGUAUGGAAUUUCCGAGGAGAGCUUGUUACUUCAUUUGAAGACCAUUUGCUUUGGCAUCAUGAUUGUAGCACCAACAAUAUUUACAUCACUAGCGAUCAGGAUCUUAUUAUCUCGUACUGCAAAUCCGAAGCAGUGGCUGAGGAUGGUACAGUUAUUCCAGUUGGAUCCAUCAACAUGAGCGAGAUUAUGACUGGCAAGUGUAUCGCCAAGAUUACUGCCAAUGAUCCUGCCCUAAGUGCGGCCCCUCGCAGAAAUGGUCGCAACAAGCUCUGGAGCACCGUUCCAGAAGCUCUGGAGGACGUCACGGCACUGUUUUAUGACGAGGACAGGAAUGAGAUCUACACCGGCAACAGUCAUGGACUGGUUCAUGUAUGGUCUAACUAG